AUGGAAAAGCCAGGUAAGGAGAAACCAACACUCAGUGGGACAGGUCGUGUGUCAGGUUGUCAAGGUAAGGGAGAACCAACACUCAGUGGGACAGGUCGUGUGUCAGGUUGUCAAGGUAAGGGAGAACCAACACUCAGUGGGACAGGUCUUGUGUCAGGUUGUCAAGGUAAGGGAGAACCAACACUCAGUGGGACAGGUCUUGUGUCAGGUUGUCAAGGUAAGGGAGAACCAACACUCAGUGGGACAGGUCGUGUGUCAGGUUGUCAAGGUAAGGGAGAACCAACACUCAGUGGGACAGGUCGUGUGUCAGGUUGUCAAGGUAAGGGAGAACCAACACUCAGUGGGACAGGUCGUGUGUCAGGUUGUCAAGGUAAGAGAGAACCAACACUCAGUGGGACAGGUCGUGUGUCAGGUUGUCAAGGUAAGGGAGAACCAACACUCACUGGGACAGGUCGUGUGCCAGGUUGUCAAGGUAAGGGAGAACCAACACUCAUUGGGACAGGUCGUGUGUCAGGUUGUCAAGGAAAGGGAGAACCAACACUCAGUGGGACAGGUCGUGUGUCAGGAUGUCAAGGUAAGGGAGAACCAACACUCAGUGGGACAGGUCGUGUGUCAGGUUGUCAAGGUAAGGGAGAACCAACGCUCAGUGGGACAGGUCGUGUGUCAGGUUGUCAAGGUAAGGGAGAACCAACACUCAUUGGGACAGGUCGUGUGUCAGGUUGUCAAGGUAAGGGAGAACCAACACUCAGUGGGACAGGUCGUGUGUCAGGUUGUCAAGGUAAGGGAGAACCAACACUCAGUAGGACAGGUCGUGUGUCAGGUUGUCAAGGUAAGGGCGAAUCAACACUCAGUGGGACAGGUCGUGUGUCAGGUUGUCAAGGUAAGGGAGAACCAACACUCAUUGGGACAGGUCGUGUGUCAGGUUGUCAAGGUAAGGGAGAACCAACACUCAGUGGGAUAGGUCGUGUGUCAGGUUUUCAAGGUAAGGGAGAACAACACUCAGUGGGACAGGUCUUGUGUUAGGUUGUCAAGGUAAGGGAGAACCAACACUCAGUGGGACAGGACGUGUGUCAGGUUGUCAUGGUAAGGGAGAACCAACACUCAGUGUGACAGGUCGUGUGUCAGGUUGUCAAGGUAAGGGAGAACCAACGCUCAGUAGGACAGGUCGUGUGUCAGGUUUUCAAGGUAAGGGAGAACCAACACUCAGUGGGACAGGUCGUGUGUCAGGUUGUAAAGGUAAGUGAGAACCAACACUCAGUGGGACAGGUCGUGUGUCAGGUUGUCAAGGUAAGGGAGAACCAACACUCAUUGGGACAGGCUGUGUGUCAGGUUGUCAAGGUAAGUGAGAACCAACACUCAGUGGGACGGGUCGUGUGUCAGGUUGUCAAGGUAAGGGAGAACCAACACUCAUUGGGACAGGACGUGUGUCAGGUUUUCAAGGUAAGGGAGAACCAACAUUCCGUGGGACAGCUCGUGAGUCAGGUUGUCAAGGUAAGGGAGAACCAACACUCAGUGAGACAGGUCGUGUGUCAGGUUGUCAAGGUAAGGGAUAACCAACUCUCCGUGGGACAGGACAUGAGGCAGGUUGUCAAGGUAAGGGAGAACCAACUCUCAGUGGGACAGGUCGUGUGUCAGGUUGUCAAGGUAAGGAAGAACCAGCACUCAGUGCGACAGGUCGUGUGUCAGGUUGUCAAGGUAAGGGAGAACCAACACUCAGUGGGACAGGUCGUGUGUCAGGAUGUCAAGGUAAGGAAGAACCAACACUCAGUGGGACAGGUCGUGUGUCAGGUUGUCAAGGUAAGGAAGAACCAGCACUCAGUGCGACAGGUCGUGUGUCAGGUUGUCAAGGUAAGGGAGAACCACACUCAGUGUGGCAGGUCGUGUAUCAGACCAUUGGGACAGGUCGUGUGUCAGGUCAUUGGGACAGGUCGUGUGUCAGGUUUUCAAGGUAAGGGAGAACUAACAUAUUUUUUAGUUUAAUAAGGUUUGUUGAUUUUUUUUUUUUUUUAAAUUGUAAAAAGUAUUUCUAGCAAUUUUAAAGAUUUUUCCAAUUAAGUGUUUUGGGUAUUUUAGAUCAUUAGCUGUUUCAUAAAUCUUCAAUAAUACUUCAUGUAUGAAUUCUUGGCUGUAGAUGUUCCAGGUUCUCAAAAAACAUUGAUGAGAAUACAAAAAUAUUAGAAUUCUGUGUAAUAAUUAGUCUGAGUAGAAAUAAGGUUUGUAGAGGUGAGUUGAUCUCCUUUGUUGUGAAGAACUUACAUACACCAGUGACAGUUAGGUUCAAAACAAUGGAGGGAAACACCAGGGAAAACUAGCCUCCACUCCAGUCUCUUUUGUCAGCCUUAGGCAGUUUUUUUUGACUGUUCAUGUACACCUAUCUGCUGGUAACAAGUGAUUUCAUACCUUGUGUUAAGUCUGUGUGUUAUUGCCACUGGGUGGGACAGCCUCCAGCCUGUGUGUUAUAGCCACUGGGCAGGACAGCCUCUAGUCUGUGUGUUAUAGCCACUGUGUUUGACAGCCUCCAGUCUGUGUGUUAUAGCCACUGGGCUGGACAGCCUCCAGUCUGUGUGUUAUAGCCAUUGGUUGGGACAGCCUCCAGUCUGUGUGUUAUAGCCACUGGGUGGAACAGUCUCCAGUCUGUGUGUUAUAGCCACUGGGUGGGACAGCCUCCAGUCUGUGUGUUAUAGCCACUGGGUGGGACAGCCUCCAGUCUGUGUGUUAUAGCCACUGGGUGGGACAGCCUCCAGUCUGUGUGUUAUAGCCACUGGGUGGGACAGUCUCCAGUCUGUGUUAUAGCCACUGGGCUAGACAACCUCCAGUCUGUGUGUUAUAGCCACUGGGCUGGACAGCCUCCAGUCUGUGUGUUAUAGCCACUGGGUGGGACACCCUCCAGUCUGUGUGUUAUAGCCACUGGGCUGGACAGCCUCCAGUCUGUGUGUUAUAGCCACUGGGCUGGACAGCCUCCAGUCUUUGUGUUAUAGCCACUGGGCUGGACAGCCUCCAGUCUGUGUGUUAUAGC